AACGCCUCCUCCACACCCAACACGUUCAUGCUGGAGUCAGUUUACAUUAACCUCAGUCUGCCCUCUCCUCCCCACAGCGUUUCAUCCAGUCUCUCAAGCUGUCACUCUGUGUUCCACCUCAUUUUGGUCUCCUCACACGGCCCUCAGAACUCAGUCAGCGUUUUUGAGAAUAAACCUCUGACCCAACAUCAGGUAGAAAGGAGCACAAUCCAGGGAUUCACAGUUGGAGGGAGUGUGAUUUUAAACCAGGCAUGGCGCUCUCAGGGCAUGUUUCAGAAGAUGGAGGAAGCUGAGUACAAAGUGCGACGAGAGCAGACACGAGAGAAGAAAAAUGGUCAGUAGUAAACAGCAGGGAAAGGAUGACAGAGAGAGAGGGAGAGCAGAACUGACAGCAGCAUUAUCGCUCUGCCUCCUGAUUCAAACGCCACAAGAAAAUUCUCUGCUGCGGCUCUUCUCAUUGGCUGCACCUCUGGCCAAUCACAGCUAGGCAUACAAGGUGCCUUUAGGUUAUACCAACCCCAAAAUAUGACAGAGAGACAGAGAAAGGCGUGCUUUAGUGCAGAGGUUCCUCCUGUGAGGCAAGCCUCCAUCCCUCCAGUCCUCCUCCUCCUCCUCCUGCUCCUGCUGCUGCUGCUGCUGCUGCUGCUUUAGCUGGAGUCACCACAUCACAGUGAAGACAUUACAGGCUUCAUUGCAGUAGAUUGAGCAAAUAUUUUGUUGCAGCCUGAGCUGCUGGGUCUCUCCUCUGGCAACAGCUGGCCGAUCCGCGUGUGGAGAUCACAGGCAGAGGAGGCUUUUCGUGUGGACAAGGGGAGCAGAGGCAGGUUACCUGUAGGGACACAAAGUGAAAGUUGUGAUGCUCUUUGUCUUUUUCACUUUGAGUUUUGAAUGCCAGAGAUGCAGGCGCCAAAGAUUUGAAUCGCCCCUGUAGCUGAUCGGAGCAUAGAAGUGUCGAGCCUGAAGAUAACGUGGGAAGCAGAAGGAUACAGGAUGAUCUUGGGAAGUGUAAGCCGACCAGGAUCACUCCCUGCCUUCCUCAGGAACCCACCUGUCAUCCCACAACCUCUAGACAUGAAACCUUUCCUCCAGUUCCCGUUGGAAUCCCCUCACCCGGCCGGCAUCAGCCUCUUCCACAACUUUAACGCGAUGGACCCCAUCCAGAAGGCUGUGAUGACGCACACCUUCGGCCCACCUAUCUUGAAGACAAAGAGGCCGAUAAUCUCCUGCAACGUUUGUCAAAUUCGCUUCAACUCCGAGAGUCAGGCAGAGGCUCACUAUAAAGGGAACCGCCAUGCCCGAAGGGUGAAAGGCAUCGAAACAACCAAGACAUCACGUCUCCAAGAUGGAGACAAACAGCCCCCUCCUCCAUCUGCUUCGCCCUCUCCACCAGGCCCCCUGCCAUCCAGUCCUGAUCCUAAUUACAACCAACAGGAUGACACUCAAUCCUCCACAAGCAAUAAAGAGUCACCUUUGACCCCUACUCACCUUUCAACUCUGAGCUCAACAGACCCAGGGUGUCCCCUCCUGCCGCCUGUCAACACGCCUUUGCCGUGUCCCUCUCCACCCCCCUCUGCAGCCCUCAGCAACCCCUCUGCAGAUGCAGACACUCUGUCCCCAGCACCCAGUCCUCCGUCAGGAGAGUCAGAGGAGGACAAAGCAAAGAAGCUUCUCUACUGCUCUCUCUGCAAAGUAGCAGUUAAUUCCCUCUCACAGCUAGAGGCACACAACAAAGGUACCAAACACAAAACUAUCCUGGAGGCUCAAAGUGGACUUGGGCCUAUCAAAGCGUACCCACGUUUGGGUCCCAAACCAGGCGCUGAGCAGGGAGGAGAGGUGUCUUCUGACCCGAACACUCAGGAACGCACCUUCCACUGUGAGAUAUGCAACGUCAGAGUCAACUCUGAGCUGCAGCUUAAACAGCACAUAUCAAGCAGACGGCAUCGGGAUGGAGUUGCAGGUAAACCUAAUCCUCUUCUCAGUCGACACAAGAAACGCACAGAAUUUAUGGAACUUCCAAAAACCCUCGGGGCUGGACUUUUACCAAAUCCUCUGGCUGUUGCCGCAGCAAUGGCAGCAGCAGCAGCAUCUUCCAAUCAACUGGCGCUGCGCACCCCUGGGCCGACCUCCCAUCCUCAUCCCCACCACCACCUCCUACAGGGAACACCCCUCAGCUUGCUCAGGCCAGCCCCGGGUCCCAUCCGCACCACACACGGGCCAAUCCUCUUCACUCCUUACUGACAGUGAUGGAAAGAAGGGCGAAUCAGGAUGAAGCACACUGUGAACUGGAGGCAACAAUGUGCCAUCACUAGCCAAAGUGGCUGGUCUGGAUGCAAACUGUGUUUCAGUUAUAUAAGACAGAAAUAUUCCUUGUCAAUGUGUAGAGAUCCAUGUUUCCAUCCUCUCCAGCAUUGAUUCAUCACCUAGUUUAGAUGUUUAGAAAGGGAGUUUCUGGUGAAAGGUUAGGCAACAAUUAUUACUUUACUUGCUAGAUAGAACUUUGAGCAACCCUGCUUUAAAGAAACAGAGAUUAUUUAUAAUUAUAUAUUGUAGUAUAUAUUAUAUCUUGAUUAUAUAACAGCUAGUUGAAGCAGGUCAAGGUAGAUUGUUGCUGUUUAAAACCACUCAGUCUUAAAAUGUCAAAGCAGGUCAUGCUAACUGCUACGUAAACCUUUCUGUUACCAUCAGUUUCACAUUAAUAAUUAUAUAGGCAGAAAAAUCAAGAUGAACUGGCGACCUGUCUAGCAUACCCCUCACCACUCGCCCAAUAACCUCUGGAGCUAGGCUUAGUUUACAAUUCUCUGUUUGCAGUUUUUUGAAGAGACAGAACAGCAAUGUGCCCUCUGUUGUCCAGGCGGGGAUUUGCCUUGUAACACCCCCCAGGCAAUGGAGAAGUCUGAAAAGAAAACGUCUAUGUCAAUGCGUGUCAGCGACUCCUCACCUGAGCUGACAGAGAAGUAUAAACUAGACUUUAGCCACCAGCUCCUGGUAAAGUCUAGUGAGGAUUGAAGGUUGAAUAAGAAACACUGACUCUGGCGAACUCUGGUGUUCAGAGGUGGUAUCGCAACAACAGGACCAAUUUUGCAGCCGUUGGGAUGUUGGUUCACUGCUGACAUGUUCCAGCACUAUGUUCAGAGACAAACCGUACAGGGUAAGGACUCAUUUCUACUAAUGUGUUUAUUUCAUAGCAGUGUUUACCGUUAGCACAUCUUCUGGGCUCAGAAUAAGCUGCUUGACUUGUCAAGUCUGCCAUUUUAUAUAGUCUCAACCUCGCGUUGCUGAGCUGACUUUUUAGUGCUACAACGCUCUCUAGUGGCUGGUAGACGAAAACCUAAACCCAGUGUCAUGCCCGACAAAAUCAAAAUUAGAUUUUUUAUCUUUUUAAAUAUAGCUUUUAAAGGAGAAGCUGUACAUUCAUUCUGCACACCUCUGAAAGGAUUAUUUUUAAAAAAUAAUGCUUUUUAUCAAAAAUGUUUCAUAUUCCAACUUUAAGUGGUUCAGAAAAAAGUUGAGGAAUGUUUUAGACACCAGUAAUACGCUAUGACCUUCUUCCUAGCCGUUAGCAUAUCAUUCCAUUCAUAAAUAAACUCAGCUUGCUCAAAGAGCUAUCUGCAACAGGUGAGAUGGUAAUUGUUCGUAGCAUUUGUGUUAAAUUCCACCUAAAAACAGUGAGUUGUUUGCAUGUUUCAGUUUAAAAAGACUCUCAGUGAUUCAUCUAUCAGGAGAUCUUCUAGCCUGGCAAGCCAGACUAAAUAAAUGUUUUAUUUAUUUGCAACUUUGCAAACUUUGCAAAGCAAGAAUUUGGUCUAGUUCACUAGGCAAGAGAUCUUCUGCACGUGGACUCAAGACCCUACCUCUCUUUUGUUUCUGUCAUUCGUCUCUGCAAAUAUUCAUUAGAGAUCCAAAGCAUUAAUAUGAAUAAUAUAGAUUUAGAUGUAGUAGUUGCCUCUGAUGUUAGCUGUAAAGUGGGUUAAACUUCUGCCUUUGUGGUCUGUCAAGAAUAAUAGGCUCCCACAACUUGCAUAUCUUUCUGUAGUUUCUGGUAACAUGUGUACUUCUGCAUUUUAAUAUCUGGGAUGUGUUUACCUCUGUGGGACACAAACAAGAAGUCAAAGAGGAGCAGCAACUGGUGGGGAAUGACACAAUGAGCUUCUGGUGAACAAUGCAGAUCUGAGUUAUUUAUUUUUUUAUCUGUGCACAAUGCAGACGAGCCGUAAAAAACAGUAAAGAAAAGCAAUGCUGGGUUUGUUUUUGUGACUGAAGGCCUAUUACCACUAGUGAACUGUUUCUCUAAUAAUGUCCGUCACUAACAGGACUCACAAUUCUCACAAAGCACACGAGUGAAUAUGUGUGGUGAGAGAUCUGCAUGUCACCGUCCUCCAUAACUUUUGCAUUUUUCCACCUACAACACACAGCCGAACGUUCUGAUGGAAUAACUCCAACACCGGAGCGCAGCAGAACUAUGACUUGCACACUAAGAAAUCUGCGUUUCAUCCAAUCUUUUGGAAACGUUGUGACAGAAGACACCAGCAUCGAGACAUCGCAGGACAACGGGACUACAGAUGAGCACCGUAGCACCAGGACUGUGUUAGAACUGUUCUGGCAGAACCUCUCUUUGUUUGUCUGCUUUGUGACCUUCCAUCGCCCAAAAUAUCCCUCUGUCUGUUUGUGAACCAUUAAUGGGAAAAGCUUUAGGAAAUGGGAAACAGCAAUACUGUCAUCACUUUGGUUUAUUUCCAUGUCAACUGCAAUAAAAAUACAAUGUCAUAAAUGUUACUUAAAGGAAGUGUAUUUAAACAUUACUGUAAAUGUAGAUUCUUCAAAAAGUCAGGAUAAAGUUCAUGUUGGGACUUUGUAAUUGUUAUUUAAACAAAAAUAUAAAUGAUUAAACUGGACUUAAGGUCUCAAAAGGUU